AUGGAGCUGUCUGAGGUGCGCUGCUUGAGUGACAGUGAUGAGUUGUACACCAUCAACCAGACGCCCCCUAGUGGUGGGGCACGUUCCCAGCGCCUGCUGUGGCAGACUGCCGUGCGCCAUAUCACCGAGCAGCGCUUCAUCCAGGAGCACAGCGGAGGCAAAGCGCUGGGCUCCGAGGACUCCUGCUGCCCCAACCACUCCCAUCACCCCCGGCGCCAGUCGGCAGGCAAGAGCCUCGGCGGCCACAACAAUGGGGGAACCAAAGUCUUCCCGGAACGCACCAGCAGCAGCGGGGAUUUGGGCUUCCUGCAUCUGGACUGUGCUCCCAGCAACUCGGACUUCUUCCUCAACUGGGGCUACACCUACCGGGGCGUGAUAUUCCCCACCUUGCGCAACUCCUUCAAGUCCCGGGACCUGGAGCGCCUCUACCAGCGCUACUUCCUGGGCCAGCGGCGCAAAUCACAGGUGGUGGUGAGCAUCCUGGACGUGCUGACCAAGCUGACCCUGCUGCUGCUCCACCUCACCUUGGCCUCGGCCCCCAUGGACCCCAUCAAGGGCAUCCUGCUGGGCUUCUUCACGGGCAUCGAGGUGGUCAUCUGUGCCUUAGUGGUGGUCAGGAAGGACACGACCUCUUACACCUACCUGCAGUACAGUGGGGUGGUCACCUGGGUAGCCAUGGCCACUCAGAUCUUGGCUGCCGGCCUGGGCUGUGGGCUCCUCGGGGACGGCAUUGGCUACGUGCUCUUCACCCUCUUCGCCACCUACAGCAUGCUGCCACUGCCGCUCACCUGGGCCAUCUUGGCUGGUUUAGUCACGUCCCUCCUGCAGCUGGUCAUGCAAAUCGUCAUCCCCAGGCAGGUGGUGACCUCCAUCAACCAGACAGCAGCUCAAGCAGGUUUAUUUCUGUGCACGAAUACUGCUGGGAUCUUCAUUAGCUACCUAUCAGACCGAGCCCAACGCCAAGCCUUCCUGGAGACCCGAAGAUGCGUAGAAGCUAGACUGAGACUGGAAACGGAAAACCAGAGGCAGGAGCGACUGGUAUUGUCAGUGUUACCUCGAUUUGUGGUGCUCGAGAUGAUUAAUGACAUGACCAAUGUGGAGGAUGAGCAUUUGCAGCAUCAGUUCCACAAGAUCUAUAUUCACCGCUAUGAAAAUGUCAGCAUUCUUUUUGCAGAUGUGAAAGGCUUCACAAAUCUCUCUACUACACUGUCGGCCCAGGAGCUGGUCCGGAUGCUGAAUGAGCUCUUUGCCAGAUUUGAUCGCUUAGCACACGAACAUCAUUGCCUCAGAAUUAAGAUCCUGGGAGAUUGCUACUACUGUGUGUCUGGCCUGCCAGAACCUCGUCAGGAUCAUGCGCAUUGUUGUGUUGAAAUGGGACUCAGCAUGAUCAAAACAAUCAGGUAUGUACGGUCGAGGACGAAGCAUGACGUCGAUAUGCGGAUUGGAAUACACUCUGGGUCGGUGCUGUGCGGCGUGUUGGGCCUGCGGAAGUGGCAGUUCGAUGUGUGGUCUUGGGAUGUGGAUAUUGCGAACAAACUUGAGUCGGGAGGCAUCCCUGGGAGAAUCCACAUCUCCAAGGCCACCCUAGACUGCCUAAAUGAGGAUUAUAAAGUUGAAGAGGGGUACGGAAAGGAACGCAAUGAAUUCUUGAGGAAGCACAACAUUGAGACCUACUUGAUCAAACAGCCUGAGGAGAACCUGCUCACUCUGCCCGAAGACAUUGUCAAAGAGGCCAUCACCUCUUCCGACAGGAGGAACAGCGGAGCAACUUUCACGGAGGGCUCGUGGAGCCCCGAGCUUCCCUUUGACAACAUAGUGGGAAAGCAGCAUACUCUGGCUGCCCUAACAAGAAAUUCAAUAAAUCUGCUUCCAAACCAUCUUGCACAAGCUUUGCAUGUCCAGUCUGGGCCUGAGGAAAUUAACAAGCGAAUAGAGCACACCAUCGACUUGCGGAGUGGCGAUAAAUUGAGAAGAGAGCAUAUCAAGCCUUUCUCCCUGAUGUUUAAAGACUCCAGUCUGGAACAUAAGUAUUCCCAAAUGAGGGACGAAGUGUUUAAGUCGAACCUGGUGUGUGCGUUCAUUGUCCUCAUCUUUAUCACUGCAAUCCAAAGUUUACUUCCUUCUUCAAGGAUGAUUCCAAUGAUCAUUCAGUUUUCGAUUCUGAUUAUGCUGCAUUCAGCUCUUGUGUUGAUCACCACGGCAGAGGAUUAUAAAUGUUUGCCCCUUGUUCUCCGGAAAACUUGCUGCUGGAUUAAUGAGACCUACUUGGCCCGAAACGUCAUCAUCUUUGCCUCAAUCCUGAUUAAUUUUCUGGGAGCGAUCAUCAAUAUUCUAUGGUGUGAUUUUGACAAACCGAUGCCCUUCAAGAAUCAGACGUUCAACUCUUCUGUCCAUUUGGCAGAUAUUUGCUCCUAUCCAGAGUAUUUCGUCUUUACUGGUAUCCUGGCGAUGGUGACCUGCGCCGUGUUUCUCCGCCUGAAUUCUGUCCUCAAGCUGGCCGUGCUGCUCAUUAUGAUUGCAAUCUACUGCUUCCUGACCGAGACCAUUUAUGCCUCCCUGUUUCUGCACUACGAUGAUAUCAAUCAUAACGGAGAGUAAGUCACAGACUUCCUGGGAACUAAGGAAGCCUCUUUGCUCCUCAUGGCCAUGUUUCUGCUCGCUGUGUUUUAUCAUGGCCAACAGCUCGAAUACACAGCGAGGCUAGACUUCCUGUGGCGUGGCCAAGCCAAAGAAGAGAUCAAUGAGAUGAAGGAGUUAAGAGAGCACAAUGAAAACAUGCUGCGCAACAUCCUGCCCAGUCACGUGGCCCGACACUUCUUGGAAAAGGACAGAGAUAAUGAAGAGCUGUAUUCUCAGUCCUAUGAUGCUGUUGGUGUCAUGUUUGCUUCCAUACCUGGCUUUGCUGACUUCUAUUCCCAGACUGAAAUGAACAACCAAGGAGUUGAGUGCCUGCGCCUAUUGAAUGAAAUCAUUGCUGACUUCGAUGAAUUAUUAGGUGAAGAGAGAUUUCAAGACAUCGAAAAAAUUAAAACCAUUGGCAGCACAUACAUGGCUGUAUCAGGAUUAUCUCCUGAAAAACAGCAGUGUGAAGAUAAAUGGGGCCAUUUAUGCGCCCUGGCAGAUUUCUCCAUUGCGCUGAAUGAAAGCAUUCAAGAGAUCAACAAGCAUUCUUUUAACAACUUCGAACUCCGCAUUGGUAUCAGCCACGGGUCUGUCGUAGCUGGUGUCAUUGGUGCUAAGAAACCCCAGUAUGAUAUCUGGGGCAAAACAGUUAACUUAGCUAGCCGAAUGGAUAGCACUGGUAUCAGUGGCCGAAUGCAGGUGCCCGAGGAAACAUAUCUCAUCCUGAAGGACCGGGGAUUUGCCUUUGACUACCGGGGAGAGAUCUAUGUCAAAGGCAUCAGCGAGCAAGAAGGCAAAAUCAAAACCUACUUUCUUCUGGGAAGAGUACAGCCAAACCCUUUAAUCUUGCAACCAAGAAAACUGACCGGGCAGUAUUCCUUAGCUGCUGUUGUAUUAGGGCUUGUACAGUCUCUUAACAGGCAAAAACAGAAGCAAAUCUUGAAUGAGAACAACAAUUCUGGGAUCAUAAAGAGUCACUACAACCGGCGGACUUUGCUAACUUCUGGAGGACCAGAGUCAGCAGCUCCAGCAGAGGGCGCUGACCAAACUGAAUUGCCAUAA